AUGCAACUGUUAGGAGACUAUACAGACAGCGACGACGAAGAUUCCGACGACGCGAUCGCACCCGAUGCGACUCCUCCGGCGGACAUGGCGUCCGAAGAUCCGUCCGGAGACGCGGAGUCUUCUGGCGACUCGGAUUUCGAACCGAAGGACACAGAUGGCGAGGGAGAGGAGGAGGUCGACGGGGCCAUGGACGUGGAUGAGGAUGAGGACGAGCAACCGCGCAAACGUGGUGCGCGCAAACCACUUCGGCGUGGCGAUGUGACAGCCGCGCGCGCCCACAAAGAAGCCUCGUCGGGCGGUACCAGGGCAGCUGCGGGCCACAAGCGGAAGGGACCUCCCGUCAUGGCGGAGAGUCCCGAGCUUGCUGACCCCAUUCGCCUCCGUCUCAUUCCUGCUCGUGCCCCUCUACUCACCCUCGGUCCCCAACAUCUCUCCCCGAUGACGCCCCUCACGGUACCCCGACAUCGCGACAUUGCGACCACUCGCACCGCGCGACGUCUCGCACCGCCCACUCCUUCGCUAUUGGGCAUACUCACCUGGUAUGUAUAUCUAUUCUUGUUCCCUCGCGACCACAUCUGCAUCGCCAACAUCUACUCCGGCGUCGCUCCCAUCGCUGCGAGGUUCGACCCGUUGGACAUGCUGUUCAUCGGGCUAACGGGCGCCAUCCUCGUCACGGCAAGCGCAGCCAUGUUGAACCCGCCAGCCGCAGAGAGAUCCGCAAGGCUCAGGGUGGCCAUGCCCAUCGCCCCGAACCGAGCCAUGCAUGCUGCCGUCGUCACUGGACCGGCUGGACGUGUUCGAUGGAGCGGGCCCGGGGCUGGGUGCACCACUGGCGGCCCAGCCCACCCGAACGUGUUGCGGUGA